GACCGCCGCCACCCCUCCCUCCCCAUCCCGGUGCCGAGCGCCCCAGCCCCCUCGCUCCGUCGCUCGUCUUCCUCCUCGCGCGAGCGCCUCCACCGCAGGUAUCUAUCUCCCCUUCAAUUCUCUCUUUCCCGAUCGUUUCUCCUCCCAUCACCCCACGAACAGAUCCCGCCCUUUAGCUCCCCGUUUCAUCUCCUUAAUCUUCCCCAAUUCGUAACUGACGCAAAAACUCAAGGUAGGGCGGCUUGCCCUUGUCUGCAGGGGAUUAUUUCGAAAAUUUAGUGCGGUCCUGUGCGGUUCUUCAGCAGCUGAAUAUACUGUGACAGAGACCAGAACUGCUGGUAGCGCUGAGAGAUUAGGGAGAUGUACCGCGGCGGGCUUGACCGCUUCAAGAAAGCUCAGGCCUUGGAGCCGUUCUCAGUGCAGCAGUCUGGUCCCAGCGCAAAGAACACACCCGCUGCUGCAGGAAUAGCGAAAGUGCCGCCGGCUCCAUUGACGCUGCCUCAGAGUACACAUGUUGGGCCCAGCCAGAGUCAGCAUGCUCCUCAGAGUGCUGGCUCGAGCAUGCCUGGGCAAGAGGCCGGGGCUCCAGGGCCUGCUGGGACGCAGCUUGGCGGUGGGCAGUCGAUGUGGCAACCGCCAGACUGGGCGAUUGAGCCGCGCCCUGGGGUUUACUAUCUUGAGGUGUUGAAGGAUGGGGAGGUCAUUGGCAGGAUCAAUCUGGACAAGAAGAGGCACAUAUUUGGGAGGCAGGUGCCUGCUUGUGAGUUUGUGUUGGAUCAUCAGUCUGUGUCACGCCAACAUGCUGCUGUUGUUCCACACAAAAAUGGAAGCAUAUAUGUUAUUGAUUUAGGAUCGGUUCAUGGUACAUUUGUUGCAAAUGAGAGAAUAACUAAAGACAGCCCUGUUGAAUUUGAAGUUGGACAGUCACUUCGCUUUGCUGCCUCAACCAGAGCAUAUAUUCUGCGGAAGAACACAGCUGCUUUUUUCCCCACUCAUAGUCUUCCAUCAGAUGUGAGUUUGCCAUCUCCUCCAGACCCCAAUGAUGAAGAUGCUGUUGUGGCAUACAAUACAAUACUUAAUCGCUAUGGUAUUAGUAAAUCAGACAUGCCAUCUAGGUCAAAAAGAUCUUCACGGGAGGACUCUGGUGCAGAUGAUGACAACCAGACUGUUGGCAGACUCCCAAAGAGAAGUAAAAAGCUCAGAGUGUCAUUUAGAGAUCAGGUUGGUGGAGAACUUAUUCAGGUAGUUGGGAUUUCCGAUGGUGUAGAUGUUGAAACUGAACCAGGCCCAAUAGGUGUGAAGGAAGGCAGUCUUGUUGGGAAGUAUGAGUCUCUUGUACAGGUGACUGUCAUACCAAAAGGGAAGGAUCAAACCUCACCAAAGGAGAGUGCUUCCCAGAGUGGGGUAACAGAUAAACUACAACAGGUGCUUAACAAAGUUAAAAGCACAACCAGAGGUGGAAUUUAUGGUGACCUGUAUGACGAUUCUGUUCCAGCAAAACUGGGCUCAUCAUGGGCAUAUAAAUCAGAUAAUCAGUCAGAACAAGUCAAAGCUGUUGAUGAGAAGAAGUCUAGCAGGAAUGCGGAUACAAAUUCAGCUGAUGAUAGUGAUGACUUGUUUGGCGACUAGUGAUUGUCAGCAUUUUGAAUUAGUAUAGCGAGUUGGACUGCUCACUGAUGUGUGAGGGCACAAGUGUUUUAUUCAUCUUGGUAUUUUGCUUUGUUCUACAUGAUUGUAUCCUGCUGCAAAUCAAGGAACCCUGAUCUAUAAGGAGUCUUUGUCUUCCUUUUUAUUAGCCGAAGAAACGAAAAUGAAAUAUCCCCUCUAGUGUUUUUUUGUUUGUCUAAAACUCCCUCCCCUUGAAGCACUGCUGCCUGGACACUUUCUGCAUGGGUGUGGCAUGCUGACAGGGCCUGUUUUUGCCAAGACCACCUACUCUUUUGUAACAAGACAAUGGACGGAAAAGAACUACAUCACCUGAAUUCAUGUAAAACUCAUUUGAAAUACACUGCCUUGUCUGAAUAUGAUGUGCAUUGCGUUCCCAUGUUUUUUGGUAGCUUGGUCAUUGGUACCCGCGACAUGUAAACAUUUGCUUUCUUAGAUACUGAAUUACUGACCUAGUAGAUGUGUAGUCUGUCGUCACUCACUCAUAACUUCAUGUCAUUUUGGAAGCCGAGGGAUGUAUCCAGUUUGGGCAGGUCAAUUUUCGUGCCCUGUCAAGGUAAAAUGCCAUUUUAGACAA